AUGGAAAUAACAAAAAACUUGGCAAGACCACUUGGUGAAGGAGGGUUUGGCGUUGUUUAUCAUGGUGAUAUAAAUGGUUCACAACAAGUAGCUGUCAAACUACUUUCCGAGUCAUCAACACAAGGCUAUAAAGAGUUCAAGGCAGAGGUCGAACUUUUGAUGAGGGUUCACCACGUAAACUUGGUAAGCCUUGUCGGAUACUGCGACGAACGAGGUCAUUUGGCUCUCGUAUAUGAAUACAUGUCCAACGGAGACUUAAAACAUCAUUUAUCAGGUAAACACGAUAGCUCUGUUCUGAAGUGGAGUACUCGACUACAAAUAGCCAUGGACGCCGCACUAGGACUAGAAUACUUACAUAUUGGAUGUCGGCCACCAAUGGUGCAUAGAGAUGUCAAAAGUACAAAUAUAUUGUUGGAUGAGAGAUUCUCUGCCAAACUUGCGGAUUUUGGACUUUCAAGGUCGGUCCAACUUGGAGGUGAAUAUCAUGUUCCGACAGUCGUUGCUGGAACUCCUGGAUAUCUUGAUCCUGAGUAA